UGAUGGCGUGAAAGAAAAUUUCACACAAUUUGGAAAGUCUAGCGUAGUAGGCCGUAAGAAUUUUUUUUGUGUAAAAUUUCAGGUGCUGAGGACAAAGAUUCGAUUUGGAUAGAAAAUUUCCGUGUGAAUUAUUACAGCGGCUGCAACGUCACUCUUCGAUUCUUGAUCUAUUGGUGUUACGAGACGCGAUGAAGCAACUAAAUGCGGUCAUCACAAAGUUCAUAUAUAUAUAACAACUAAACACCUUCGCGUCACGCCAUGUCGUGCGUUCCCAGCUGACGCCUGAUUUGACAUAUCGGAUGGUGUUUCUGUAGGCGCUUGAAACGUGAGAAUUGCGCAAUUACGCGGAAGGUAUAAACGUAUACUUUCUCAUGCGUGGUUUAGUCCGAUAAAACCGUCAGUCGGGAAGAAUGGCGGAACUGGAUGAUUUGUUUCACAUGGAUCAAUAUGCAGCUCCGGAACGGCUCACGGAGUUGUGCUACAAAGCUAUCUGUAAGAAUCUGGACACUAUCUCGGUAAAAGGAAGAGAUGGUCAUCGAGUAUUGAAAAAAGGAAUAACGUUUCCCAGCGAGAUAUGCGAUAACCUUAUCUUGCAUUAUGCAAAGUAUGUGCAACAAUGCGAAACAAAUGAAGAUGAGGAUUGUUUUUUGUCAAUUUUCAAAAACUUGGCAGCAACACGACUGAAACGAGUCAAGAUCUCCAACUGGAUGCUGACUGACGACUCGGUUCUGACACUCGCUAAUCACAAACUGUAUGAAUUAGAGCUCAGCGAGUGUGAUAAUUUGACAGAAGCUUGUAUCGAAUAUAUUAAUGCCAAUUCAGAAAAUUUGCAUAGUCUAGCAUUUCACGGAGCUGUAUUGAUCAUACCGACAAGAUUGAGUGCAACUAGUACAUCGUCUGUCGAUUACUAUGAACGUGGAUAUGUAUUCAAGGCACCGAAUUUAAGACGUCUGGCACUUGGACACAUAGCAAUAUCCGCAACUGAAUAUUCCUUGCUUCUGGCGGGAUUGCCCAAUCUAACGCACUUAGACCUGUCCAAUUGCUUUUACAUUGAAAAUUUUGAAUUCUAUCAUUUGGUACCAAACUUAGUAUCCUUAACUUUGUACAAUGUCAGAGUCUGUCACGAAGCAAAAACUUUUGUUAAGAAUGUCUGUCAGUUGAAAAAUUUAAGGCAUUUGGAUAUUUCACAAUCAAAUCACAAAUAUGGACAGUUCGAGAAUCCUAAUAAGACUUUAUCCGACUUAGUAACUGGUCUACCACAAUUAGUUUCCUUAGAUAUUGGCGGUACAAAUCUCGCAGGAAGAGGUGUUGCCGAACGUCUUGUCGAUACGAAGAUCGAAGAUACUAUGUCUUGCCUUUAUCAGUUUUCUGACAUACCGGGACUUGCGUCUAGAAUACACAAACCGUUACAGUUUUUAGGUCUUUACGGUACCUCGUACGGUGCUUGCAGAAGACAUGAUAUACCAGCGAAAGUGAUAGCCGGUGAUGCAAACGAAGAUCAGAUAUUGAUCGCAGCUCACGUUUGUAUGGACAAUAAACAAGAAAUGUUGCAAAAAGUACUGAGCGAUUUAUAUCACGUAUUUAGAUAUGAAAAUUGUCAAAGAAUGGAUCAGGCGCUGUAUACCGUUCUUGAAGCAAUGGAAAAACAUCCGGGUCAGAAGCAUAUACAGAUAUCGGGAAGCGCUACGUUGUUUUAUAUAGUAAAAAUGAAGCAAAAAGGUGAGCUGGUAGCGCGAAUGAAGAAAAGAAUCAUCAGCACUCUCCUCAUUGGUAUGAGCACACACAGAGACGAAGAGACUAUGAUGAGGAACGGCUGUUUGGCGCUGUGUCAAUUUCGCAUACCACAAGAUGUGAUGUCGAAUUAUGAAGCGCUUGUAAAAGUGCUUUUACAUUCGGCCAAACACUCGGAACCAGAGAGUUUUGUUCAGAGAAUUGGCAUAUAUCUACUGAACUCUCUGGCCUGUCAAGUGGAAGGCACAGAAAAAAUGUUACUCGGCAAACUCGGUUGUGUUAAAACAAUGCUGGAACUAGUGGAAUAUAGGGUAGUGUCCAAUAUAUUCGAUGACGUAUUGGAAGUCGCAUGGUCGACAAUGUGGAACAUGACUGACGAAACGUCCAUAAAUUGUCAGAGAUUCUUAGACGAAAAAGGAAUGGCACUGUUUCUCAUGUGCGUGCAACAAUAUCCACAUAAAGAAGAAUUGUUAAGAAAUAUGAUGGGUUUACUCGGCAAUGUAGCUGAGGUAGAAUAUCUUCGACCCGAACUUAUGCAGGAACGAUACGUAACUGUUUUCGCCACGCUGUUACGCUCCAAUAGCGAAGGAAUUGAGGUUCCAUACAAUGCCGCUGGUAUCUUGGCGCACAUGGCAUCUGAUGGCGUUGACGCUUGGACGAUAGAAAAGCCUACGCGUAAUGAAGUUCUGAAGUACAUGAUACAAGCGAUUGAAAGUUGGGACUUAAGUGCGGAACGUAAUAUCAAUUAUCGCUCGUUCGGACCGUUGUUACGCCUCUUGGAUAUAUAUCACACUUCUCCGUGUCAACAUUGGGCAGCUUGGGCUCUCGCUAAUCUCACCAAAGUGUACCCGUCGAAAUACUGUUCACUGGUGGUGAAGGAAGGGGGAAUGGAGAAGCUCGAGGCAUUGAUAACGGAUCCCAGACCGUACGAACGUAUAAAGGAACUCGCGAGUCUAGUGAUCGAACACUGCCACCAUUACGAGGAUCUUUGCGACGACAUAAAUGUUUCUCCUUCGGCUUUAGACGCCGAAUAUAAUAUGGAUGGAUAAGAAAUCUCAACAUUAUUCCGUUACAGUAGUGACCGUUUGUGUGGAAAAUCAGUUUUUAAGCUUGAAAACUUAGAAAAUCGUGAAAAUCGUGGGAUAGAUUUUAUCCCAUAUGUACUUUAAAGGUGUUAAAACAAAAAAGUAAGUCUGCGUUCUCUCAUGUAUAUUGAGAUAUAUUCCAUAAUCAUCGAUGUACAAGCGAAUCACUACUGUAUAUAUACCUUAGAUUUGUUCUUUUUCCAUACCUGAGGACUGAACUCUGUGAAAAGUGCACGCUAAAGCGUUCUUUUUAUUAAACGUUUUUGUCGUUACACUGUUCUUUUUCGAAGUACAUCAGUCUUGUUUCACAGCAGGUCUAUUUUGAAUUCGCGGAUCUUUAGUUAUAAUGCAAGAGUGCAGUCAGAAUAGAACAAUUAACACGGAAAUACAAAACCAUACAGAGAGCAUCUAAGUAAAUACAUUUCACUUUACCAUUAACCUUUUAAACUGAACUGACGUGGUAGUUUUAUUUAAAUAAAUCGAUUCUUUUUUCGUCAUUUUUUGCUAAAUACAUUAAAAUGCAUCUGCUAUAAGUCUCAACAAUUACAUUUGUAGAACUAAUUUAUGCAUCCAAGUGAUGGAUCGACUAAUAAUCAUUGUCUUUUGUGAAAUGUUUCGAAAAUAGUAUAGUAUAUUAUAUAUUGUGCACAUCAUAUCGUAUAUUGAACAAUUACUUGUGUUUUAAUAAAACAAAUUUUUUUAUACUUAGCAAUUCUGUUAAUUAAAUGUUGUAAUGAAUACAAUCAAAAAUUAUAAGUUAAAAAAUGAAUGUUUCGAAUUUACAAGAUUAUUCUUUAGCAAUCAAAAAACAGUACGGAUAUUGCAAAGAAAGUCAAUGAGUCUAUAACAAGGACAUUCUUCAAAUUUUUGAAAUAUCUCUUCUAUGUUCUUGUUGUUAUUCACGUAAAAAUAAACUUUUUUCUGUUUAGAAUUAGUCCUGGAAAGUGGAAAAAUAACAAAUAUCUCUUGUAUAGCGUAUGUGCGUGUCAUUUCUUUAACCACGAUAUUCAUAUAAUCCGAUCAUGUAUUUAAGAUUGGCUUGAGGUAAUCUCAUGAUGCUGCAAGAGGUUUUUUAUUGGAUACAAACUAUCAAACCAAAUGAACUCAAAACGAUUUUAAAUAUGAGAUCCGACUCUGAAUAUCGACGUUAGACGCGAUAAAUUUAUAAUCGAAUCGUAUCAUUCGACACAAGAGAAGUUAAAAAAAAAAAAAAAAUCGACGUGAUAAAUCAUAUAUUCUACGGCAACUGCUCCGAAAAAAAAAAAAAUAAAUAAAAACGAAUGAAUGCUCAAUAUUAUAAUUAUGAGGAUUGUGUGUGCGUAGACGUAUACCUAUACAUAACGUGCGCGUGUUCUGUGUGUAUGCAUGUGUACACAUGUGUGCAUAUAUAUGAAAAAUGCAACUAUUUCAAAAGGACUGUUUUGUUUUAAUUAUCAGCAAAUAUAGGUAUGUAGGUAUAUGUAUCUAUACAGUAUGUAUAAAUGCUGGUAAUUAAACUUUGCUGGUCAAUCGUAAGAGAUCCUAUGUAUAUACAGCUCGCUUAUAAUAUCGUAGGAAAUGAGGAUAUAAGUGAUCGUAAUUAAAACAGCGAUUGCGCGCUUAUUAUUUUUUAACUGUGUCUAUUAACACAUUGCUAACCGCACGAGAUAUUGAACAUUGCAUAUUUUUCACGAACCAUGCGCGGAUAUCAAUUUGAAUGACGGAAAAUAUUACAGAAUGUUAUUAAUAGUGUCGAGACGUCACACCACGUCUUUUGACUUCAGAAUACCAUCUUCUCGAUUUGAGCUCUCAACACCACCUCUUUGAGUGUGGAGCAUAUCUAGACGUUUUUUUCUCAGUGUACGACUCAACCGUGAGAUAAAUCGAGUUUGAAUUUUCUUUUUUUCUAAAACACAAAAAUGUAUAAAGGAUUUUACAAUAUAUGCAUAUACAGCAUAUACAGUUUGCGCAUGUAACAUGUAUAUGUAUAAUAUUUAUAAAUUAAAAUAUAUAUGUGUAUGUUUAAAGAAACGUCAUAGUACAUAUAUUCAAAGUGUGUUCUAGAGUUAAUGAGAUAAAAAUAACUUUUAUACCAAAAUUACAAAUCAUAAGAGAUGAGAGUGAAUUCGCGUCUUGUAUGUUUCUUGCGAGAUAUUUGGAGAAAAUUAAGUUUACUAAGAUUUUUGUUAAAAAAAAAAAAAAAAAAAAAAUUAUUAAUUUUACGACGUGUGUUAACUACAUUGUAAAAAGCACAUUCUGGUGUUGGGUACUCUUGAGAUCUUGUUCGGUUAACAAUGUAUUAACUUUCGUAUAAUCUGUAGAUGUUUGUUUCAGCAUCUCUUUCUUUUGCUUCUUUUCCUUUUUUACGAAUAAUAAUAAUAAUAAUAAUAUAAAAGGUAAUUUUUUGCUCUCGUUAGUAGAAUUUUAUCGACACAUGAGGACGAGGAAAAUCUAUCUUGCGUGUAAAUACAGUUAAUACAAAAAUGUAGCGAUAUGAUAUUAGAUUUAAUGUUUUGUAUGUUAUCGUUAUAGUAUUAAAAUCCUAUUAAAAAAAUAAUAAUAAUUAACUCCAAUUAAGUACCAAUUAUACACAACUGUGGACGUAUACUUUUGUCGAGUUUCUAGAUUUGUCCCUUCGACGCAAGAUGAAAAUGCGCGAAAAAGUAAUUAACAACGCAAGAUGUAAGCGCG